AUGCGACCGCACACCCGCUCGACGCCGCGCCCUGGUCUUACCUCACGGACCUCGACGCCAAGCACGUACGACCGACGCAAUCGACAUCACCGGUACUCGUGGGUACAAGCACAAUCAGGACGUCAAACGCAGUCGAUAAUCUUGGCGUUACCAGGAAGGGCCCUGUUCAAAUCGGAUCCCGAUCUAACGGCCAGAAAGUCCCUUCCUCGCCGCGUAGCGGACUACGGGGGUGCUGGACAUUAUUUCCCUGUGGUCCUAACAACGAUGAAUUCCUUAGUGGGCGAUGAGGCGAGCAGAUUGCUGUGGAUCUCACUGCGGCAAGGUGCGUCGGCUGACCAGUGCGUCUAUGCGCCGGUAAAGUAUCAUAGCUUCUGCUCUGGUGCAGCUGGACAAAAGUCGUCCAAAGCACACUCCCUGGUGGCUCUAACGCGCACGGCAACCUCGCUACCCAGCUAUCUCGGUAAGCAGAUGACGGGGAGACGGAAGGCACACCCUCCACCCCGCCGCACAAAGGGUUGA